AAUUCAAAAAAUUUAAAUUUUAUUAUAUUGAAUUCACUUUGAUUUUCAUUGUCUUUACCCUUGUAGAUUUGGAGAGGCAACGAACAACUUAUGAAGCGCAUAUAAACAAAGCAGCACCAACUGAAUUGCCAGCAACUAAAUCGCCAACAACUGAUGCGCCGACCUUGAAUGACCAUAACUUGAUUCAUGGAGACGAUCUUCAAGGUUAUGAAGAAACUGCUACACCAAUCUUGAAUGACCAAGCAUCAGAAGGCGUCAUUACCUUAAUGGAUGAAAGCAUACUUGGUAAGAGAAAGAAAAGAAGCAACUUUGUUAGUAGAAUUGAAGUGGGCUUGCAAGUGAAUGAAGCUUUAGAUCCACAACCAAGGCAAACUAUCACUCGAAAGGAGGUGGAGCAAGUUAAUGGUGAUGAGAUAGAUAGAAAUACAGCAACUAGUAAGAUCAAAGGAAGAAGUAAGAGAGGAAUGUACAAGAGUUACGUGGUUGACAUGAAAAUUAAAGGGAGAGGAUCGAAAUUGAAGAUCACAAUACCUGAUGAAAUUGACCGAGCAAUUGGAGAAAAUGCUCGUCACUUAGUUAAUGAUUUUGGGCGUGUUGUGAGGACAAAAGCUCCCUUGAAUGUGAAAAGUUGGAAAGAAGCAUUUGAGGCAGCUGGAGAAAGUAUGUUGAAGGAAAUACAGGAGAAGUUUGAAAUUGAUAAGUCUAGUGACUACUUCUGAAUGUAUGCAUUUGUCUUAGAGACCAUGCAACGUUUAUAUAGAUUGUACAAGUGUAGGUUGCACAAUUACUACAAAAGUGCGACAUGCGGAAAAACUAACGAGGAGCUCAAAAAGAAUCCUCCUCUUGACUUACCCCAACCUCAAUGGGAAUAUCUGAUCAAGUCUU